AUGGGAAAUUUAUGCAAUUAUAAAUAGUAAACUAAUGUCAGUACUACAUCUGAAUAACCUCAAUCUAAUUUAAAUUCUAAUUAAAUAAAUGUAUUCGUUGUAGGAGCUGAAUAAGUUGGCAAGGAUUCUCUUAUUUCUAAACUCUAAUAAUUGGGAGACAGUGUAGGAUUGGGAGAAGAUAAGCCAGAAAAAUAUAUGAAAUACGAUUAAAAACUUAUUGUUUUUCGUCGUUUAAAGAAAAGUACUCCUGAGUUUUUCUAAAUGAACUAUAAAGCUUAUUUAAAAGACAUCGAAGUUGUUCUCCUUUGCGUAGAUCUUGCAAAAGCUUAAACACUUCAAAGUUUUUCAGAUAGCUUUUUUGAAAAAAUUAUUGAAUACGUAAGAUAACAUGGUAAUCGUUCAUUCCGUGUUAUUAUAGUUGGUUUAAAAUCCGAUAAGUAAUGCCGUAAUAAAACUGAAGAAGACGCACUUGUGAAAAAAUGCAAAGAACUUUAGCUCCCUUUUGUUAAAGCUUCGUCGUUAGAAGAAACAAAUAUCUAGCAGGUACUGAAUGAAAUAAUGAACUAUCGCGAUAAGAAUUUGACUACUAUGACUAUUGAAGAAAAGAUAUCAAACUUACAAAAUAGUCGUUAUAUGGAUGUGCAUAGUUCUCUUCGUGAUGGAGGAUCAAAUUUAAGUAUCUAACCUACUCUCACUAAUGGUAUGCGCUCUUAGCCAGUUCCAGUUUAGAUUCAACCCACAAAUAGUUAAAUCAUUGCAAAUGGUUAUUAAGAUGAUGAAGAAAGCAAGAUAGAUACUAGAUCAAGCAAUAACUAAUAAUAAAUUAUGUAAUAACCUCAAUAAUAGUAUAUCAGAAUUAUUCCUCAUGAAAAAAUGUACGUCAAAACUCGUAUGUAGCUCGAUAAGGGUAAUUUCGGUGUUGUAUAUCGCAUAGAUCUUGAAGGAGAAACAUGUGCUUUGAAAAUUUGUAAAAUAGAAAUGAAUGAUGAAACUGCGAUGAAUAGAUUUUAAAUUAUUUUUUCAGAAGCAGAAAAUAUGCAGCGCUUUAUGCUUAAUCGUAACAUGCGUAUCAUGCCUCUCAAGGGUAUUUCUUUCUAAGUAGACAUGCAAAGAUAAAAUGUUCUUAUUGGAUAUUGGAUGCCUCUAUGUAAAUAUAGCUUGAAGCAUUUGCUAAAAAAUUGCUUCAACUAAAUAACCAUAGAUCUUAAAAUAAAGUGGUCUCUUUAGAUCAUAGAGUGUCUUGAAGUUUUUUACAAAGAAAAAAUUUAGCAUAUGGAUCUUAAACCAUAAAACAUUCUUUUAGAUUAAAAUGACGACAUUAUAGUAUCAGAUUUAUCUAUGUCUAAAGUCUUUGAGGAAAAGCAAACAGAAGCGUUUAAUAUGCUUGGAACUACUGCUAAAUAUGCCCAUCCAGCAGCUAUCAUUAACCACGAACUUUCUCCUCGUUUCGAUAUUUACAGUUUCGGUGUUAUUCUUUUAGAGCUCUUCACAGGCAAGCAACCUUGGGGUUAAGUUAAACGUGAUGAACUAAAAGAUAUCUAUACUCAAAUUCUAACUUAACCAGAAGUUAUGAACCCUCUUCGUUAUCACAAAGAAAACUAUCCAAAUGACAUGAAAUAUAUUGAAGGUAAAUGCUAACCAAUCUAAGAUAUAAUAUACAUGUGCUGUGUUUCUAUCUUUAUCUAAGAAAAGAAGGAUGCUAUUACAAUUAACAACAUUAAGCUUAAAUUUAAAGAGCUCUAAGAAUCUAUAAUUCCCACUUCUGUAUGA